AUGUCUAAGCCAAUUAUUGUUCACACUCACGCGGGCCCAAACCCUUGGAAGGUGGUGAUCGUGCUUGAAGAGCUUGGAGUGCCAUAUGAAAGCCGACUUGUGGCCGAUGUAAAGGGCGAGGCCUAUACUAAGAUUAAUCCCAAUGGCCGCACUCCUGCCAUCGAGGACCCAAACACGGGCAUCACCCUGUGGGAGUCUGGUGCAAUUCUAGAGUACUUGGUAGACACAUACGACAAGGACAACAAAAUCAGCUACACUUCCUUCCCCGAGAAGUACCACACCAAGCAGUACCUGCACUUCCAAAUGUCCGGCCAGGGGCCCUACUUCGGCCAGACUACUUGGUUCCGCCAUUUCCAUCCCGAGCAGGUUGAGAGCGCGAAGAAGAGAUACGACGAGCAGCUUGUCCGAGUCAUUGGUGUGCUCGAUAAGAUCCUGACAGGCAGGCAGUACUUGGUCGGGGACAAGGCUACCUAUGCCGAUUUUGCUUUCAUCCCUUGGGAUAACGCGAUACCUUGGAUCUUCGGCGAAGACAAUGCUAAGAUUCUUCCGGAAGACAAAUAUCCCAAUUUCUUUGCCUGGCACAAGCGUCUGCUGGCUCGGCCAGCUGUCCAAGCUGCACUGGAGGAGCAGGGCAAGGCUCGGGCCCAGGCUCAUAAGAAGUAG